AGAAGUGUCUCGGUGCGGCUCAGCAACAGUCUGGAGUCGUGAGCGUCCGGAACACAGGUGCGAACCGCGGACAAAAUGUCAACGCGUAACCGCCGGAAACAAAACUCACAUGGAUUUAUUUAACCGCGCCGCCAGUGUCCGGCGGCCGACUUUGGGUUGAGGAAGGACGGCUGAAACCAAGUGAGUCCCCCCGCCCCCCCCCCCCUCCACCCCAGCCCCGGAGGAGUUUUCUGCCAGGACAUUACAGGAGUAACCACACUAACGACCAUCGAGCCGUUGACUGAAGUAACCUACGCAGCUCAGCCCUCCUCCACUCCCCCUCCCUCUCAGUUCCGCCCCUUUCUCAUCGGUUUUCACCGCUGGCUCCUUUUCCCCGGAGGGCGGAGCGCAGUAUGGGGUAAGAGAGCCGAGGGAAGACGCUGAGACGAGACAAGCUGAGGAGGCCCGCUCACCUGCACAGGUGGUGACGGGUGCAGGACGCUGUCAUGGCAGUGCAGAGGAAGAGGCUGAAGCUCGUGGUGACAGUGAUGACGGUGAACCUCUUCAUCAUCAUCCUCAUUUUCCGACACAGCAGCCAAGACAAAAACGAGCAUCACAAGGUCCACAUCCCCUCCGAACCUUUCUGGACUAAACUGGCUCCGGUCUCGGCGUACUGGAACCGCCAGCAGCAGAUUCUCGACUUUCAGAACAAUCCCAUCCUGACAGCUAACUUAAGCGCCACAGAUAUGCCCGUUUGGCUCACUGACACUGGUUUGACCUCUGACCCCUGCAAGGUUAACACCAAGGUUACCACUCAGGUGAAAGACUACAACUCCCUACCAAACCGCUUCAAGGACUUCCUGCUCUACAUGCACUGCCGCUCCUACCAGAUCAUGAUGGACCAGCCUGAUAUCUGUAAGGAGCCGCCGUUCCUGCUGCUUGCUGUAAAAUCCCAGGUAUCGCACUUUGACCGCCGCCAGGCCAUCCGUCAGUCCUGGGGACGGGCGGGCGUUAUAGCCAAUCAGACAGUGGUGACUGUCUUCCUUCUUGGCAACGCCACAGUUUGGGACCACCAUCCAGAUCUAUCCAGUAGUCUGCACGAUGAGAGCAUCCGCCAUCGGGACAUCAUCCAGUGGGAUUACCGGGAUUCGUUCUUUAACUUGACUGUCAAAGAAAUUCUGUUCAUGGAAUGGAUCCAGACUCGCUGCCCUGGUGCUCGCUUCAUCUUCAAAGGCGACGACGAUGUCUUUGUCAACACAUACCGCAUCCUGGACUUCCUCAAGGGCCUACCGGGGCCCAAAGCUAAGGACUUGUUUGUGGGUGACGUGAUCACAGAUGCAGGGCCUCACCGAGACAAGAAGGUGAAAUACUUCAUCCCAGAGAGCAUGUACGUCGGGAAGUACCCUCCAUACGCUGGAGGCGGCGGGUACCUUUACUCUGGAGACAUUGCUGCUCGCCUGCACAGUGUGUCACAGCGUGUUCCGCUCUACCCGAUAGAUGAUGUCUACACAGGUAUGUGUCUUAAGAAGCUAGGGCUGGCUCCCGAGAAACACAAAGGCUUCAGGACAUUUGACAUAGAGGAGAAGUACAGGUCAAAUCCCUGUGCCUACAAGAGUUUAAUGCUCGUUCACCCGAGGACCCCGCAGCAGAUGAUCCAGAUCUGGUCCUGGCUCAGCCGGCCUGACCUGAAUUGCCAGUGACAACUUCACAGCAGCCAGUUUGGGGACUGUCUGAAAUGACUCGAGAGAAGAAGAUAUUUUGAGGUUGAUUCCAAAAGGACAACGUGACUAAUAUUUUUUUCCUGAACAGGGUCAUGACCUGAAGGUUGGCAGCUUUAAGUUGUUAUUGAGAGGUUAUUAUAACGGUCACUUGGAGCCUCAGCUUGGUGCAGUUGUUACAUUAAAUCCCUAAAAAACGAGGACAGUGUGCUGUUGGCUACAUUUCUCAAAAUGACUACCAUAGUAUUUUGACUUGAUGUCGGACUUCCGUAGACAAGCUAACCCUGCUUUACUGUGUCAAACAACCUUUACCCAAAGUGACCAUGACUUUCUUUGCGUGCACAUAUUUAUAUCACAACUAUUUAUAUGCCCUUUAAAAAGCUUUAACACUGUGUGUCAGCUCCAACAUGGGGCGUCUCAAUGCUGUAUUAUAUGAGUAAGACCUGGGAUGUGUCCAUCUGGGACUCUUUGCUGUUUGCUCAAGGGAAAAAAAAUUACUGUCAUGUUUCCAACACUGAGUCUCUAGAUAUUUCAAACUUACAUAAAAGAAUGCGUUCCCACAUACAGCAGUUUAUUUCUGCUAGCUUUAAAAGAGAUUCCUGAUGAACACUUCCUGGUAAUUCAUGCUGGAGGCUUAGUUUUUGCUGCUAUUCCUGUCCACACUCCCUAAAGUAUUUACAUGUGACUCGCUCCAACUCAAACUCCGCCAGCUUCAUCCUCACAAAGACUUGAGUAACUUCCUGUUCGUCCACUGUUCGUGUUUGUUAAUGUACAAAAUAUUUAUUCAUCCUCGAAAGGGAACCUUUACCCGAAGUUCAUCAUACGGUUUCUCAAAAGUCCAAAGGGCUCACUCUUAGUUUAAUUAAUGAUGGCUUCUCUCAUUAUCAUAAUUUGCACUGAGAAUUAUUUUGUUUAAUCGGUAGAUAUAUCAUGUUACAAAAAAAAGUGCAAAUCAUUAUAUGACUUUGAAAUGGGGAGUUUGUUGGAGUGAAUUCACGUGUUGUUUUCAGGAAAUAAUGGGAAUAGGAGCCCAGCUCUGUACAGCUCAGCAGGUCUGAGCUUGGCUUGACAUGGAUGGAGAAAUCCUAAAUGCUGUCUAAUUCUGCUUCAGGUUCUCGCUUUUCACAAAAAGAAAAAACAAAAAACAAACAAAAAAAAAAAGCUCAUAUAAACCCUAAGUGCAUUUUCAGAGUUCGAUAUAUAGAUACAUUUCAAGCUGCCGGAGUACAGCUUCUGCCUGAAAUAAUCACCAUAACUUGCUUUGUGAGUUGUUGUGUGAAAGUGUGUGAAGUGUUGCUUUACUGUGACGUCAGUGAAUCAGAGUCAGAAAUGCUUUAAAACAGGUGGAGCAUAUUGGAACUUCAUGUCUAAGCUGCUUACACUUUCAUUACUUGACAGCUUGGCUCUGCAGUGUUCACUGAUCAUUUUGAAGGCUUCAUUUCAAAAUAUUGCAUAUCCAUUUUUAGAGGAACAGAUUUCAGGACACAGCCGGUUACAUCCUUCAAGGAGUUGAGCCGCAUUCAUUAAGAGCUCAAGAUAAUUCAUAGCUCCAGAUAUUUAAUUAGUAAUUUAUUGUAGCUUCUUUUCAUAACCAGUUUGUUAGUGAAAGUUUUAAAAUGGUGGAAAACUCAUGCAGGAACUUAACAGCUCACUACUGUAUGACUUUAGCACAAAUGCUGUCUUUCACCUGCUUUAUGCAUCCGUGUUACAUAAUGUUCCUUUUCAGCUCUGUGUGAGUCACAGACUCGCACCUGACACAUGUUGAGAGUUUUUCAGAUGCACCUCUGUGAUGUUACACGUUGAGGAUAUGUCCUUACGCAGGUUUAGGGUCAGUCCACUUCGAUUCGUUUAAUUGAUUCAAGUUCAAGAAGUGGAUUUUGUUCAGUAUUCAUGCUCAGAAUGCCACUGGACCCGGUCCGUGAGAUCAACCCUGAAAAUAAGUGGCAUGAAUGUUGGUUUAAGUCACAUGUUUAGAUUGGCCCUCUACCUGGUUGUUAAGCGUGUGAUGUGAGAGAAGGAUGAUGAUGUUCCUGCUCCUCUGUUAGAGCUCCCCCUGCUGAUCAAGAUGGUGAACAUUAGCUUUUAGGACCUGAAGUUUUACACAGACACUGGCAACCGCGUGACCCAAAACUAGUUUCACACCUAAUUUAUUUUCUCAUGUUUUCACCAUCUGUUCAUUAUCUCGGCCCUUGACUCUUCAAAUGCCCUAAACUAUCAACUUAUCUCUGUUUUAUUGUUUGUGUCGCUGUAAUUUGAGAUAACAGCUUUUUGAGGUGAGUCGUAGCCUGUGUAGGUUUGAGAUAGUCGGGGUUUGCCACACAAGAAAGACAAAGAUAAGUUGCGACAAUCAGAGGGAUGCUCUUAUAGGCUGACUGUGUGAAUGUUUUUUCUGGGAUCACCAACUUACUCAGUACUAUUUUUAAUAAUGCACAUUUGGUGAAAUCCGACUGUCUCCGUGUAGGAUAAAACAAACACUAAAGAAAAGGAGACAAAAUAAGAGCCAGGGGCCAAGUGGAGAUAAUUUAAUAUUUAGGUCAAGUUGUGUUACCUGUUCUCUUGUUCUCUGGGUCAUGUGUCCUCAGCAUCUUCACUGGGGUUUCUCACCACUCACGUACAAUAAUAAAUUACAUUCUCUCCGUGAUGCUACUUGAAAUGUUUACGUUAUUAAAAGUCAUCAUCAUUGUGCCUGAUGAUUGACUGUAGAGGUGUUUUUUUUUUUCCAGCUCAUUAUGUUUUAUUGUCAGAUGUUUCAGUCUUCAAGCCUCAUAUGUUUGAAUGUAUCCUCUCACUGUCACUGCUCUUUAUCUGGUCAUUUUGCUUCACCGUUUUUCCUAUGAAGGACCAUUUUUCAUUUUUAUAGGACGCACAGCAGCUGUGUGUUCUGACAGUCAGUGUUUCUCUGAUCUCAGUGAAUUGUUCUCUGAGCUUAUAUAGUUGCUGGUGUUGUUUUCGAGGCAGAACAGUAACCCAGUGAAAUGUCAGGCCAGUUCCGGUUCCAGGACUGUAAUACACAGGGCGAUGUUUUGGUAAACAAGAUGGGGCGAAAUUUGUUUAGACACAAAGUCCAAACAGGGUCAAAAUAUCCAGUAAAACAAAGAUAAAUAAGGGGUUAUGAUGUGAUAAAUGGAUGAGUGUUUGGGAUAUUAUAUGUUCAAAAACUUCUCAGAUUGUCCAACAAACAUCUGAAUGUUGUUACAACCUUUUCUGUUUAAUGUUUUUUUUUUUUUUUUCCCAGUUAAUCGAUUAAUUACUCAGCAUUUGGAUCAAAUAUGUGACUUUUGAGACCUCAGAGAGACAUUGUGAGUCAUCCUCAGAUGAAUCCUUGCUUUUAAGGGGUUUUUUUGGUUUUGUUUUGUUUUUUUUUGCACUACAUUGCUGCAUGAACCCCCACAUCACCACUGUUAACAUGUAUUUCAGAGACCUGUUAUUGUGUUACACAUCACCUGCACUAAUCAGAUCAUCACCAAAUCUGUGCCUGAUGUUUGUACGUACUGUAUCUAUACGUUUUUCCUUCAUCCAUGGUCAGCGUGAUCGCUUUUUUUUAUUACCUAGAAUGACUUGAUUAUUUGAAUAAAGUUAUAUUUUGCUGUUUUUGUA